UAGGAACGAGUUCUCCAGAUAGUUGCCAGAAUUGACAAUUUAUCGUACGAAUGGCCUUUGUCUUGAUAAGUAGAAAGACAAUUGCCCUGUAUGCACCUUUUAUUAACUUUUUCAACUUUUUCUUCUUAUCCUAAAAUUCUACUUAUAUUUUAACCAGGAAUCGAAAAUCUCCACCUACCAACGCAUGUGGUCAUUCAUGGAAUCCGCACGACCAUCUGUAUUCACCUCAACCAAUGCCGAAGGUGUGGAUCGCGUGGCCAAGGGUAAAGGUUCAUACGCCUUUCUUAUGGAAUCAACAUCCAUUGAAUAUGUAACCGAACGCAAUUGUGAACUAACUCAGGUGGGCGGCAUGUUGGACACCAAAGGCUAUGGCAUAGCAGCGCCACCUAAUUCCCCGUAUCGUACCGCCAUCAAUGGUGUUAUACUCAAACUACAGGAAGAAGGCAAAUUGCAUAUACUGAAAACAAAAUGGUGGAAAGAGAAGCGAGGCGGUGGUAGUUGUCGCGUAGAGACCUCGAAAUCUUCAUCAGCGGCUAAUGAGUUGGGUUUGGCGAAUGUGGGCGGGGUGUUCGUAGUGCUAAUGGGCGGCAUGGGCGUGGCGUGUGUAAUUGCUGUGUGUGAAUUUGUGUGGAAAUCGCGAAAGGUCGCCGUCGAAGAGCGGCUUAGUGCGAUUCUACACGAAUGAGAAUAGAUGUCGUGAAUCCAAAAAGAAGAGUGGGUUUAAAAGAGCUAAAGGGCAAUGAAGAGAGCGAGCGUAAAAUGAAAAAUAUAUAAAACAAAUAUAUUGGCACCUUUGAAAAAUUUUGAAAAGUGAGGAGCAUAGUAAACUGAACAUCAAAGAAAAAUUGUUGGGACUGAACAGAUCACUAUACCGUUGUACUGUGUGCAUGCAUGGGCUCUCGUUCGCAGGCUUUUCUAACAUUUAGAUACAUAUUUACAUAAAUUUAGAUACUUAAAUUUAGUUAAAUAUAGACCGGAAUAGUGUUUCAUAAA